AUGCCUCCAAAAGCAAAGGGCGCCGAUGCGCCGAAAAAGACCAAAGCCACGGUCGAUGACAAGACCUUUGGCAUGAAGAAUAAAAAAGGAGGCAGCGCGAAGAAACAAAUUGCACAACUACAGGCCAUGGCGAAAUCGAACAAGACUCCCGAAGAAAAGCGAAAAGAGGCCUUGAAGGAGCAAAAAGAAAAAGAGAAGGCCGCCGCGGAAGCCGCCAAAGCAGAAGCGGCCGAGUUAUUCAAGCCGCUUCAGGUGCAGAAAGUGCCGUUUGGCGUGGACCCCAAAACGGUGGUGUGUCAAUUCUUCAAACAAGGCCACUGUGAAAAGGGCAAGAAAUGCAAGUUCAGCCACGAUCUCGAAGUCGGCAAAAAGACGGCCAAAAGGGAUGUGUAUCAAGACACCCGGGACCAGGAGGCAGAAGAGAAGGAGAAGGACAAAAUGGACGAUUGGGACGAAGAGAAGCUGCGUAAAGUGGUGGUCAGUAAACACGGGAAUCCACGGACCACGACGGACAAGGUGUGCAAAUACUUCAUCCAGGCUGUGGAAGACGGAAAAUACGGCUGGUUCUGGACAUGUCCCAAUGGAGGAGAUAAAUGCAUGUACCGACACAGUCUGCCACCUGGAUUUGUCUUGAAGACCAAAGAACAGAGACGGGCUGAGAAGGCGCUGAUGGACAAGUCGCCCAUGAACACGCUGACACUAGAGGACUUCCUGGAGUCCGAACGGCACAAAUUGACGGGCAAGCUGACGCCCGUGACGCCGGAAACAUUUGCGAAGUGGAAGAAAGACCGUCUCGACAAGAAGGCUGCGGAAGAACAGGCUCGGAAGGCCAAGGAGGCUACGGGCAGAGCCAUGUUUGAAAGCGGAGACUGGAAGGACUCGGAAGACGAGGACUCGGAAGAUGACGAGGAUGAUGAUGAUCAAGGAGCGUUCAAUCUGGAAGACAUGCGCAGAGAAACAGAAGCGCUGCGCAAACAGAAGGAAGAGGAGCGAUUGGCGAAAGCGAACGGCGAACCGGUCCCUGAUCGAAACGACGACAAGAACAGCAAUGCAGACCAGUCGCAAGAAGGUGAUGGUGAUACUGGAGAUGGAGACGGAAAGGUGAACGGAGAGAAGAGUGGCGAGCAGAGCUGA